GGGGCUUCCUUUGAAUAAAUAACGAAUCUAUAAAAAUCGGGCGACGAGAAUCUGCCUCCACAAAUCCAGCCAUGUGAUCAUCAGAUGUGAUUUCUGAUGUUUAUUUUUAAACAUUAUGGCUUCCAAGAAACUGAUUAUAAACCAGACUUCGAUGAACUUCCUCUUCGACUGAUAUUCCAGAUUUAAACUACCAUUUAAUGUGGUCCAGACGGCCUUCGAGGAGCGGCUUGUUAGAUGGUACGUUCUAUCGGACCAGGUACUCGGAUCUACCUCAAGGACCAGGGGAAUUCAAGAGCGGUUCAAGCCUGGCUUUGGCCUGUCUGGGAUGCUCUUUUGGUCUUGGAAAUUUGUGGCGAUUCCCGAGCAGUGUUGCCAACAACUGUGGAAAGGAUGUUUCCAUAAUACAUCCUUUCUUACUGGAGAUAUUAGGCUGUCUGCAGUACCUGCUAGUGUGGUUUAUAUUCCUGUUCACCUGGUGCAUACCUAUCAUCAUUAUCGAGUUCGCUGUGGGUCGCUACACCCGUAAGAGUACGUUACGCUCCUUUCGUAUCCUGGUGGGGCCCUGGUCUUUAUGGUGUGGGGCGUGGCUGACUUUGGUGACCACUCUUAUCUCCUGUUACUACGCGGUGGCUGUUGGCUGGUGCAUGUACUAUCUGUACCGCUCCGUGUUCUACUCUCUCCCCUCAACCUACCACGAGAGCAAGGAAAUAUGGAACUCUUUACUGUGCUCUCAUUGGCCGAUUGGUCUUCUGUUUUUGAGCGUGUUACUGGCGGGAUUAUGCUUGGUCUGCGCCGUCAGAUCCAUCGAGCUAGUCACCAGGCUCCUCGUACCCCUGACACUUGUCAUUGUACUGGUGGGCGUGGUCUGGUCUCUGACUCUGAAGGGGGCAGGAGUAGGCAUCACGUACCUCUUUACACCCACAUGGAGUAAAUUGCGGAAUUUGUCGUUAUGGGUAGACGCUGCGAGUCAAAAUGCGUGGGAUACAGGGGCCGGUAUGGGCGUUUAUCUAGUCUACGGAACAUACAUGACUCGAAGUAACGCGGUAGUGAAGGCUGGCCUUCUCUUACCGAUCGUCAAUAAUUUGAUAAGUCUGUUUAGCUGUAUUGCGUCGUUUUCUGCCUUGUUCUCUUUGGAAUCGCCCGGUUCCUAUCGCCACCACCAAAACGUCAUUCAUAUGCUGAACAACAGAACUGUCAACACUGGAUUUACAUUUAUUUGGAUGCCUUGCCUACAUAACAACUCUGGUUCUGUUACUGGCCGGGUUAUCAACUCUCUGUAUUUCUUGUGUCUGACACUCGUUGGCCUUACAUCACUCGCGGGCAUGUUGGAACUCGCUGUUCAUACUCUUCAAGACAUAAAAGUUCAGCGCAAAUACGGUUUGCCGGUAGCGAUGGCUGUGGUAUUCCUAGGCGGUAUACCUUCCGCUCUGGAGGUUGACUUGUUAGAUAAUCAGGAUUUUGUCUGGGCGUUCACCCUUCUCAUCUCUGGUCUCCUAGUCUUUGUUAUACCAAUUCGCUACGGAGUCUCUCGAUUUCGUUGGGAAGUUAUAAAUGACUUCAGCUUUGAAGACUGGACACUUCCGGGACUUUGGGAUAUCCUUGUUAAAUAUAUUAUGCCUUUGGAAGCCAUAGUCCUUGCCGUUUUCUGGGUAUAUCAUAACCACCGCUCAUGGAGCAAGUUCGUCAAAGACUCCUUAUUAAUAGCUGUUAUUCAGUGGGUUGUCCUCCUGAUAGCGCUUUUCCUCAUUAACUGGGGCUGGAUGCGAUGGCGGCGAUCAAGGCAACGUAUCUACGUCACGAGGCCUAGUCUCCAUAGUUACGGCUCAACUGAGCCCAUUCCUCCUCGGCCUAUCUUGCAUGAAGAAGAUUCUACUGGAGACGAGCAUCCAAAACCUGAUAAGAGUGGCGAUAUUGUACGGGGAGCUCGGGACGAGUCUAGACCUCGAAGCACAACUAAAAGAAAAAAGUCAAGACACAGAGAGAGACCGAGGAGAACUGGUGUUGAGGACUACUUUCGGGGGUCUGGAGAUAAGAAUGGCCGUCAAGAAAAUGAUGGACCGCGGAGAACUAGCACCGACAAUACACCGAGAAAGACUGGUGUUGAGAAUUCGCCGCGGGGGAAUGAUAUUGAGAAUAAACCGCGGGGGACUGGUACUGAAUAUAAUUUAAGGAGUACUGAUGACGAAAGUCGGACGCGGGGCAUUGAUGACGAAAAUCGGCCGCGGGGGACUGAUGACGAAAGUCGGCCGCGGGGGACUGAUGCUGAAAGUCGGCCGCGGGGCAUUGAUGACGAAAGUGGGCCGCGGGGGACUGAUGACGAAAGUCGGCCGCGGGGGACUGAUGCCAAAAUUAUACCGCUGGGGACUGGUGCUGCUCAAAAUGAACCGACUCCAAGUGACGGGACUUGUGCGGAGACGGGAGAACUGUGUACUCACAUAGCCGUUAAACCACGUGGAGGCUUUGCUGAAUCAAGCUCCUUGGAUGAACAUGGUCCGCCAAUUGGUGCAGUCACCUCGGGUGAUUCUGAAGAGUUUGUGAGUCGGGACAAUGUUAGUAUCAAAAGCGACCAUUACCAGCCCUAAGCACAUGUCACGCAACAUGGUCACGGUACCGCGUGACUCUCACGGCCAGGCUUAGGUAAUGCGUGACUCUCACGGCCACUCUAAGCUAUUGCGUGACUCCCAUAGCAACGUACAGAUACUGCGUGACUCUCAUGGUCACGCCACGGUAAUGCGUGACUCCAAGAGAGCAUAAGAUAAGAGAGGGACACUUUGGCCACGCGCGCCAUGUCGAUUCCCAUCCCAUCAAAAUAAAAAGAGCAAAUCCUCACGCGCAGUGGUGGGGUGGUGGUUACUAAAAAGGCCAGGAUGGGAAUCGACAUGGCGCGCGGAUAAUACUUAAGUGUCCCUCUCUUAUCUUAUUCUCUCUUGGUGACUCUUAUUCUCACGCUGCGGUAAUCCGAUUCUUCCUAGAAGUUCCUAGAAUUGGUUUAUUACUUCUACAAUUUUGAAAAAAAACUAAGAUGUCAAGUAGGAAAUCUGAAUAAAAUGCAAUAAAAAAGUGACAUAUUAUAUGUAAAUAAGUUUUAACUUAGUAAAAAAUAAACUUAGUUAAAU